GCAUAAAAACACUGUCUAUCUCUCUCACUGACUCUUCAAAAUGGCAGAUCAAUCUUCUCCUGCAACUGCAACAACUUCCAUAGAUCCCUAUAAACUCCUUAAAAUCGUCCCUAACCCAGAUGGUUCACUCACCAGACUCCUCACAAUUCCCACUGCACCUCCAAAUCCAGAAACCACUGAUUCAAACUCACCCCAACUCGCCCUCUCCAAAGACAUUCCUCUAAACCCGGCCAAUAAAACUUUUCUUCGCUUAUACAAGCCUGAAAAUAUUCCCCUCAACACUAAGCUCCCUCUCAUAAUAGACUUCCAUGGAGGGGGCUUCAUUCUCUACAGUGCUGCCUCUCUAAUUUUUCAUAACUCCUGCAAUCGCAAGGCAACUUAUUUCCCUGCUUUUAUCCUGUCAGUUGAUUAUCGUCUCGCCCCUGAACACCGCCUUCCAGCAGCCUACGACGAUGCUAUUGAAUCCAUCAUGUGGGUCCGCAAACAGGCGCUUGAUAUCAACGGCUGUGAUCCAUGGUUGAGAGACCACGUUGACUUUACACAGUGCUUUAUCUCGGGUUCUAGUGCUGGCGCCAACAUUGCUUACCAUGCAUGUUUACGUGCCAUCGAUAUUGAUCUUUCACCCCUUCAAAUCAAAGGGCUUAUGCUCAUUCAGCCAUUCUUUGAUGGAGUCCAGAGGACUGAAUCCCAGAAAAGACUGAUCAACGAUCGGAUUUUGCCGUUGACUGCUAAUGAUCUUAUGUGGGACCUAUCAUUGCCCAAGGACGCGGAUCGUGAUCAUGAAUAUUGUAAUCCAAUGAUCGCCGCAUCGAAAAACAAAAUCGAACAAUUACCAAUGACUUUGGUGAGUGGGCAUGAAGGGGAUCCACUAAUUGACAGACAGAGGGAAUUUGUGAAAAUGUUACAGACACGUGGAGUGCUCGUGGUCACAACAUUUGACGAUGGAUUUCAUGGCUGUGAACUGUUUGAUCCUUUGAAGGCCCAGGCUUUGCACAAAUUUCUCAAGGAAUUUAUUAACACUUGUUGUGCAGCUCAGGAUAAUGCUCUUCCUGCUGCUAACAAAUCAACUUUGUGAAGUUUGUUACUUGCUUGUAAGAGAAACAGACGUAUCUUGUCUUGUUUUAUUAUUUAAUUUCUCACUCUGUAAUCUAUAUCCUAUGUUUAGCUGCUUUCAAAAUGAAUAAAAAUAAU